AUGAGCGGAAAUACGGCUAUCAUUGACGAACUUGUACGAUUGGGGCAUUCAGUCGUUGUAUAUACCGACACCGGUGAUACACCGUUACAUUUUGCAGCCGACAAUGGACACCUCUUUACUGUCAAGUCUCUGGUCGAUUUAGAUGCCUUUGAUACUUUGAAUACCAGCGACUCUACCGCCAAGGCUCUGGCUGCGAGAAAUGGCUAUAUGGAGAUCGUGGGUGUGUUAGAAGAAGCAUUCGGAUCAACAUUCUAUGAUAACAUGGCUGGAACGAUCACAACUCGAAAGGCGAAAGCCUUCCUCACUAGCUUGAGAGCCUCGAUUUACAGCGGAAAUAUCAAGGGGUGUCAGAGUUUGUGUCCCUUAGACAGAGAUACAGUCAUCACUGGAGUAAUCAACAACAUUGAUGGUGUUUUGCAUCAUGCAGUUAGGGGAAACGACAUGGAAAUUGUCAAGCUUCUCCUUCAGCAUGGUGCGGAUAUCGAUCGUCUCGAUUCGAAUGGCAGGUCUGUACUACUAGAAGCAAAUACAUCUGACAUGGUAGCUCUCCUCUUGAGCUUUGGUAUAUCGCUAGGUCUGCUAGUCUCUGAGACUGCAUACGAUCUCGUGGAUCUAUGGCUCAACGCUUCCUCAAGGAUUGUCGAUCUUUUAUUCACUACCAUACUAAAUGAAGGCUUACACCAUGCUCUUCGAGUGUUGGAAUGGUCAUCCGAUGCCACGUCGCCGAUGCAGACUGUCAUCAGUGGGCCGAUCAUCGGGAUCGCUCUCCUUGGUUAUGCUUCUGGAAAGAACAUCCCACAGCAGAACUAUAUAUCCUUGUUACUUGAUCGCCAAGGGACUCAAUAUCUUCACAACUCAGGCUUCUUCCUUGAACAUCGCCAGCCUUUCCCCUGGAAUCUGAUUGAGGCUACUGUCGUCGGGUACCUCACUUUCUUAAGAGAGAAGAUUACUUCCGUUAACAAACUACUUGGUUCUGAGUCUUCAAAGCGCUGGUUGAAUCUACACCCUACAAAAGGUUGGAGUCCUCUUUGCCGAGCUGCUUCUUUGAACUAUACACAUGCAAUGGAGAAUUGCUUGUUUCUUGGAGCUGAUAUUAACUUUGAGGGGAGCUCUCUCGGUUCAGCGCUGAUGGUAGCAUGUGCUUGUGGCCAGCUUUCUGCUGUGAAGCUCCUCGUGCGUAGGGGGGCAAACCCAGUUUAUUAUGGAAAGCAUGGCUGGAUUAGCGUCAUGGACCUGAUAAGAUCGGAAGUGGUAAGGAAAUGGCUGCUCGUUGGUCGUUUCACUGACCAGAUGCGCCUUCAGUGGCACAGUGAUACACCGAUACAGGGACGGCAGGCAGCGACAGGACAAUGGCGAGGACCCGUCCGGGUGAGAGUCAAGUUGAAUGGCUUUGACGAGAUACAGGAAGGAGAGUCGACUUUUGGCUAUGCAAUACGUCUAGCUGCCUAUCGAAGGUCGAUGUAUGGUAGAAUUCCAGACUACAUUGAAAGCAUAGUCUAG